AUUAGGACAGCAUAACUGUCCGACUCAUCCCUCCCCGAAGGAGGCGGCCGGAACUAUUCGUUCCUCUUUCUCUGCUGCUCGAAUCUCCGGUGGCCCUCCGGAAUCCUAAACCCGUACUGUUUUCCGACGGGGUUCUGCUUCACCAGUACUGCUAAACUCCCGGUCCUGUGCACCAAUGAAGUCCGACUCCUACGAUGCUUUCCUGAGAGUAAAUUUGGCAGUCCACGACUGUUUCCGGGAGGAGCUGAGAAGGCGAUGCUCACUUCCGGCGGAGGGGUUUUUCUCACCGGGGAUGGAGGAGGCGGCGGCGGCGGAGCUGCUCUUGGAGGGGGAGAGACUGCAGUUCGACCCCCAGCGGCGCCCGGAUCCGGGCUCGGGAUGGAGCCCUUCUGCAGAAGGCUGUGCUCAGGGCCUCAAAGACUGGCCGGCCUGGCCGACCCAGGCCGUCCACGCUUUAAAGACCCUCCCCCAGGGUUUAGCCCUUGGCCCCUCACUCGUCGAGAAACAGCGCUUGGGGGUCUGGUGUGUCGGGAAGCCUCUGCAGCCAGGACUGCUCUGGGGGCCGCUGGGAGAGGAGUCUGUCCCGGAGCAGAAGGACGAGGAGGUGCGACCAAGGCAGGAGAAGGACGUGUCACUAGGCCCAUGGGGAGACGUGUGUGCUUGUGAGCAGAGUUCAGGCUGGACCAGUUUGGUGCAGCGGGGCAGGCUGGAGGGUGAGGGAAACGUGGCCCCAGUGUGGACCAGCGAGAGGCUCCACCUGCAGGUGUACCGGGUCGUGCUGCCAGGCUUUGAGCUGCUACUGUGGCCCCGGUCUCCCUCUGAGGGCCUCAGUCCCACCCAGUCCAGGCUAGAAGAAGAGGCAGCCGUGGCUGUGAUGACAGAAGUGGAAUCUGCUGUACAGCAGGAAGUGGCCUCUCCUGGGGAGGAUGCAGGAGAACCUUGUACAGAUCUUGGGUACCAGUCACCCCCCAGCAGCCAGGCAGAGAGUAUGGUGAGCUCUGGACUUAAGCCCCAAACCCAGGACCAACUUUCCAAGGAGAGCCUAUCACUUGGUCCAUUGCCUCAGGAUGGGAGCAUGGACGAGGAGGGCCCACCCCAGACACAGAUGCCAGCUGAACUUCAGAGCAGCUCUGCUACCCAGCGGGGCCUAGAGAGCAGUGAGGCCACUUCCUCAUCUUCUGCCGGUGGCACCCAGCAGCCUGCUCACCUGGUCAAGAAGUUUCAUAGCCCCAGUGAUCAGUGUCUACCCGGAGCAAAGACCUCAGAGCCCAGGGCCCAGCAGAACGGAGAGCAGCACCCCAGCUUCUCUGCACACUUGGGGAGCCCUCCUGUCCCGACGGGAAGCUCCCCGAAAAGGGGGCGACAGUACCGGUGUGGGGAAUGUGGCAAGACGUUCCUGCAGCUGUGCCAUCUGAAGAAGCAUGCGUUUAUACACACGGGCCACAAGCCCUUCCUUUGCACUGAGUGUGGCAAGAGCUAUAGCUCAGAGGAGAGCUUCAAAGCCCACAUGCUGGGCCACCGCGGGGUACGGCCCUUCCCCUGCCCGCAGUGUGACAAGGCCUAUGGCACCCGGCGGGACCUCAAAGAGCACCAGGUGGUACAUUCAGGUGCCCGACCCUUUGCUUGUGACCAGUGUGGCAAGGCCUUCGCCCGCCGGCCUUCCCUGAGACUGCAUCAUAAGACCCACCAGGUGCCACCUGCCUCUGCCUCAUGCCCAUGCCCCGUAUGCGGUCGGCCCCUGGCCAACCAGGGCUCUCUGCGGAACCACAUGCGACUCCACACAGGGGAAAAGCCCUUCCUGUGCCCACAUUGUGGCCGGGCAUUCCGCCAGCAGGGCAACCUACGCGGGCACUUGCGACUGCACACAGGGGAGCGCCCUUAUCGCUGCCCGCACUGUGCUGACGCUUUCCCCCAGCUUCCUGAACUGAGGCGCCAUCUCAUCUCCCACACCGGGGAGGCCCACUUGUGCCCCGUGUGUGGGAAGGCCCUCCGAGACCCACACACGCUGCGGGCUCAUGAGCGCCUGCACUCGGGAGAGAGGCCCUUCCCGUGCCCCCAGUGUGGCCGUGCAUACACACUGGCUACCAAACUGAGGCGCCACCUCAAAUCCCACCUGGCUGACAAGCCCUACCGCUGCCCCACCUGUGGCAUGGGCUACACCCUCCCCCAAAGCCUCAAGCGGCACCAGCUCAGUCACCAGCCCGGGGCAUCCUCCAGCCCACCCUCCGUGCCUCCGGCUGCUUCUGAGCCCACUGUGGUCUUAGUACAGACUGAGCCAGAAUUACUGGACACAUGCAACGAACAGGAUGUCUCCCCAGCCCGGCACGUCUUCGAGGUCACCCUUUCUGAGAGCCAGGAUAAGUGCUUUGUGGUGCCGGAGGAACCAGGCCCCGCCCCCAGCCUGCUGCUCCUCCCUAAGGACGUGGGCUUUAGCCCCUGGGCAGAAGUGGUGGAGGUGGAGACAGGCACCUGACACUCGUCUUUCCCUAGCAGAGCUCUACAUAAAGACUGU